GUCCGUUACGAGUUGGGAAUAGAUUUGGGGAUUGGCUGCUAUGCUUUCCUGAAAACCCUAAUUUGAAACUGAAUGUCCUUGUGAUGGCGAUUCGAUCGGUAUUCGAUUCUUCCGCCAUUAGAACCGAGUUUGAGAAGGCCGGAAUCAACACCAAUUUCAUCCAUCUAAUAUGGAAGUAUGUGAUUCAGAACCCUAAUUGUGAAUUGGACGAAGUUCCUUCUUUGCCAGCCGCAGCUUACCCACUUCUUCGCUCCAAGUUCAAACCCUCCACUUCUACUCUUCACUCCGUCAUCGAAUCGAGCGAUGAGGUCACUACUAAGCUUCUCAUUAAGUUGCAGAAUGGAGCAUUUGUGGAGGCUGUGAUCAUGAGGUAUGAUUCGCGUUUGGGAAAAUAUAAUGGAAAGCCUCGGCCUGGUGGUCUGAGGUCAACCUUGUGCAUCUCCUCUCAGGUUGGUUGCAAAAUGGGUUGCAAAUUCUGUGCAACUGGAAGCAUGGGAUUUAAAAAUAAUCUAUCAUCGGGAGAAAUAGUGGAACAACUGGUGCAUGCCUCCCGCUUAUCGCAGAUACGUAAUGUUGUCUUCAUGGGAAUGGGGGAGCCAUUGAAUAACUAUGCUGCCUUGGUAGAAGCUAUCCGGGUGAUGACAGCAUCACCAUUUUGGUUGUCACCUAAAAAAAUUACUGUUUCAACUGUAUGAGCUACAAAACUCUUCUCUGUUUAUCAUUAACUUAUAAAGGAUGUUAAGUCUGCAGUAUACGGCUCUUGACUGGCAUACAUGGCUACUGUUGAAC